UGUGGCAUGCGCACUAGAUCACGUCAGGGGUUUUGCAGUAGCUGUGUGUUUGUAUAUGUGUGUAUGGGAGGGUUACCCUGUUCCCAAAGGCUCCUAAGUUCCAUAAUGCAACGGUGUUUGUAACAGCUCGUAGGGAGGGAAACUCUAUUUGGAAUGUUUUUAAUAUUUAUUCGACGGGUUCACACUGUUCGACGUUCACUUCUAGGCAGACAUUCGAGCAGAUCACUUCGGGCGUUAGUGAAGUAGGCAGAUGACGGUUGGUUGGUUGUGGUUUAUGAUUUAUGAUAAUGAUCGGAACAGAACAGUGCUGGAUGUGAUUACGUGAAAAGAUUGUAUUGAAACAUUUAAAAAUACGAAUUUGUGCAAAUUAAAAACAGAACGUGAUUAUAACGACUAAUGAAGUGAUCGUGCGUGUGCAACUUGUUUGCUCAAAAAAGUGUGUAAAGUGAUAAAACUGUACAAGUGACUGGUUUAACUUGCAAAAAAACUCACCUAGAAACGCAUUUAAAAUUUAUUUCAUUAAAAGCAAAAAAGUAAAAGCUACAAAAAGACUACGAUCUUCCAUUUAAUAGUGUUGUGUGAAGUGUAGUGUAUUGGAACCAUUCAUUCAACAACUGUUGAAUCAAUGUUGAAAAUGAUGUCCGGAGCUGUGCACGCCGAAUGCGUCAUCCGCGCACCGCCACAGAGCAGCGCAAUAUCGAAGCCGAGAGCUGUCUACAGUAUAGAUCAAAUUCUGGGCAAUCAUCACCAUACGCGAAGGACUAAUGGCACCAGCAACAACAACAAUAACAACAGUCUUACGAUUAACAACAACAAUAAUAGUCUCGAUCAGGAAAACUCGCUCAAACGCGAAGUGGAGGUGCAUGAUGGGGUUGGCGGCGAUGUGGACAACGAUGAUGAGCUACCGAUCAUGGGUGAUAUCGAUCCGAUGGAUAACGAUCCGAACGAUAUGGGCCGUCCGAGAAAAAUUAGAAGAUCUCGGACAACGUUUACCACGUAUCAGCUGCACCAGCUGGAACGGGCGUUCGAGAAAACGCAGUAUCCGGAUGUGUUCACCAGGGAAGAGCUGGCGAUGCGGUUAGACCUUAGCGAAGCGCGUGUACAGGUUUGGUUCCAAAAUCGUCGUGCAAAGUGGCGCAAACGAGAGAAAGCCAUGGGACGGGACACAUCUGCCUUCCUCCAUCACGAACAAGGAAUGCCUGAGUUUCCACUGGCGCUACCGCUAACACACAACAUACCCCAUCCAGCGCUUCCGACCGAAUUUUGGCCACCGAACUUUGGCCUACAUCACUCACUGUUGCCGGGUACGCACGGAUUGCUGCACCCGAACGUGAUGCCUAACUACAAGAUACCGAACUUCCAUGCGAUUCUGUCACAGUACAUGGGGCUGAACAAUCUGUUCGGUGGCUAUCCGCAGAAUCUCAGCAUUAACACACGCAUCAGCCCGCCGAACAGCCCGAAGGAGAGUCCCACCAGCGUGCCAAUCAUACCGGGUGCGGCCGGUCUCAACAAUACGAGCAACAGCAGUACGCACAGUGGCGGCAGCAUGCUCAGCAGUAGCAGCAGCAGCAGUAGUAGCAACUCCAACAUUAGCGUCGGAAGCAACAGCAAUACCAGCAAAGAGUGCAUUGUUGAGAAGUAAGAUCGUUUAGAGAAAAAGGGGAACGUGCCGACGAAGAUGCAAUAUGUACGUAAAUGAGAACACACAGGAACGUGUUAGUUAGAGUUAGUAAUGGAUACUCAUUUCCUUAAACGACAGCAGAAGGAGUUGUAAAUAGUGCGCAACAGGAACUGGAACUGGCUCGGCAUAAAAGUAUGAAAGCAUGGGCUGUACCAUUCGUAUACGUGAUUUAAGUUAAAAAGUUUUCGUUUGUUUUAUCGUAAUGUUUUAGUCUGAUAGUAUAUUCUCUCCCAUAAACAAAGCAGGACACAAGAGAACCGAUCGUAGUACGGUACUAAGGAUUAAUCGAUAUCGAGGGCGUAUCUAUAUUGCGGCUAAUCAGCAUGUACAUAUAAUAUUUAAAACGUAAAAUGACACUGUUUAGCGAGAUGAUAAUGUUAGAUUGCGUCCAUGAUAAGAGCAAAGACACAUAAAUAAACGGUUAUCAACAUACAUUAGUGAA